CAGUUAGUUGACGACUGUUGAGAGGCUUGGUCGCGUUUCGUUUCGUGCGCCGGAGAAUCUGUAUUUUAGAAGUGUUUUAUACCAAGAAUUUAAUCUGUGCCAGCGAAAUAUUCAAACGUGAUCUCCAAGUGGAAUUAUUGGUGUUGCGUAUGCUGGAAUAAUAGAACUGUAAUAAGUGGUUAAUUGCAAGUGCGAAGCUGAGUUGCAGUCGAGGGAAUUUUUUGCCAGUCGUUUUGGAGGAUAGUAAAAAAGCACACACAAACAGUAGCUCUUCAGGCUCUUCAUAAAGGAUGAGAGGGCUCAUGUGCGCAGUGUGGAUACUGGGAGUGGUGAUUGCCACCCUUAUGUUGCCCACCCUCGCCACGACCAAGAGCGUGCUGACAUUCAAGUUCAUCAGCGGCCAUGUGAGUCAACUCGUGACGUCCAGCACGCUGGUGUGGGAGUCCUUCACGGGCGAUGCGCGACAGAUUGAGUUCGCCGUGAAGGGCGGCACGUACGUGCGAGAGGACGAGUCGUAUCCCAUCUACGUCUGUCGCGCGCUCAUCGACGGCCUGUACACCAGCGGACACACAAUCAAGCACCAGGACAGAAUCGUGUGCACGGUGUCUCAGGCCACGACCGUGAAGACACACCACGCCUUCGACAUCCUCGUGAACAAGGGCCACGGCGGAAAGCUCACGUGGCGGCCGUGGAGCAAGUACAGCAGCGGAACGCCUCCGGGAGCUGUCAGUGCCACCGGCGGACACACUGAGGAUCCGUACGUGGCUCGCCAUCGAUCGAAAGCCCACAUGGAGGCGGGAGAUGGACAUGAGCAUCAUCAUGUGAUCAUGGGUCCUGACUUCGAUCUGGGCCGUUUCGAUCCGAAGGAGCGCCUCGGGAAGGUGUUUGUGGCUCAAGGGGAUCACGAGGUGGAGUACAGUGACGGUGAGAUCCUCGUGGAGACGGAACCGGUGCGCUACGAGCUGCGCCAGAUCAAGAUGGACAAGUGGCGGAAGCAGGUGAAGAGGAACACCACGGAGCUCGCCUCAACUGUCCUGGCCAACCUGGAGGCCAUGUCGAACCUCGUGGAGACAGUCAUCACGUACGACUAUGAUCGCGUGGAGUACUGGGGCACACACGACGGCGUGGCCAGAGGACUGGAGACGUCGGUCUACGAGACCGGAAAGUUCCCCAGCGAGAUUAACUGGGGCCUGAAAGUCACCGAGAAAGUAAUCGAGACGAAAACAGUGAGCACGAUUUUAAUGCCCGGAACAGCCCUGAACGUGACAGUGCGGGGAAAUUACACGAAAAUCGAGGGGCCCUACACAGCCACCCUCGUGGCGUAUUAUGCAGAUAACGACAAUGCAGUGUCUCGAACAAUUAGGGCAGUGCUGCAAAAGGCUGAGAUGCAGGAUGUUAAGGUCGAAUUUAGUCCUGUUUACUGGAUCCACAAUCAAACUCUCGUCCCCACAACUACGACGACCACAACUACCACCACCACUACGCCCUCCACAACCACCACGACCACGCCAGAAGCCACGACAACAUCCGCCAAGAUCGUGCCGCGGCUCGGCGCCGAUGAGCUGGAUAACGAGAUCGCCGCCGCGGACGAGAGUCGCGACGCUCAGAGCGAAGUGCUGCAGAUGAGCAAGAUCGAGGACAGCACGCGAGGACGACAGAGCACCUCAAGCACAAGCCAGGUAGAUUCCGAAGCGACUGUGAUUGUACUCCUGCCACUGCUGAUUGUGGCUCUAACACUCUCUGACGAUUAAUCCUCAAGCCGAUGCGCAGCUAAAUUACUCUCAAACACACACAAAACUCUACUCAGCCUUUUACGUUAGGAUUAUCGAAUUUUACCGACCCCCUUUUCCAAUUUGGCGCUUUCCCUAAUUCCACAAUAUGAAUACAUCGAGAAAUAUUGGUCUGAAUUUCCCAAUUGUAUCAUUAUUAUAUUUGAUUUUCUAAAUUGCUUCUUAUUUUAUCAACUUAGAAAGUUAAGGAGCGCGAUUCAUUGAUUUUGUGCAUUAUAAUCUUGUGCAUGGUACCUAAAUAUUAAGAAUAAAACCAAAAUGAAUCUCUGCGUACGUUUGCAAAUACUAUACCAUUGAAGCAUUCAUAGUUAGGCGUAUAAGGAUAAAUAGAAUUAGUAUGUAUAGUGAUUGUAAAAUAUGUAUAUUGAUGAAUUUUUAAAGGGGGAAUUUGCCGCAAUUCUCUCAUAAAUUUCUUUGGUACAAAAAGAAUAUAAAUAACUGACAAAUUAUUUAUUUGAAUUAAACAGCCUGAUCAAAUGAGCCUGUUUGGAGUUUGAUUAAUGUGCAUUUUGAAAUUGGAAGAAAAAAAUCGGCGCUUUGGUGAGAAAAUUUUCGGAAAUUAAUGCAAUGAAGUGGAGAAAUUGAUAAAUUAACAUGGGAAUAUAGAGUGUAUUUAUUAGCCUCUGUCGUAAGCAUUCCAUAUUAUUGGGGUUUCUCAAGACAAACUGUGGAGCAAAGAAAACAAUUAGGAGGGUCGAGCCCAUCUAUUAUUCUUGCUAUAUUAAUUUACAGACAAAUAAUGAAGACCCCCUUAGAAUAUCGCCUUGUGUGUGUGUUAUCCAACAUGACAGCAUUUCUUCACGUUAUCUCAGCAACUUUCUCUCGCACCGCCGAGAGGAAGUCAGUUUCUUUUCCUCCCAAAAAAAACCUCACGCUCAUCUCACACAUUUUUCGCCCAUCAACGCGAUUUAGUAUUUAAAUUUAUUCAUUGAAAAAUGCGCCGAAAGACAUUCCGUGGAGUCUCUGAAUUUGAUAAUAAAAGUAAUUUAAAUUGUAGGAUUUAAUUUUUCCAAACAUUUAAUUUCCAUUUAGUGUAAGUCAUCGAAAAUGAAUGCAAAUCAAAUUUAAUGACUACCCUUAGAUAAAAUGGGUGUAGAGAUAAAAGUCCAAGAGAUAUUUUUGUUAGUCGACAGUGACAGAAGAGCGAGAUGGAGAGAGAGAGAGAAGGAUUUUAUUGGAUGCAAUUGUGAGAUGAUGAAAAACUUCUGGACAAACUAGUACAAAGUAGAGCAAAAAUGUAGUGACAACAACAAAAGUAUUUGAGAAAGAAAGAAACAUUGUGAGAAACCGAGAGCUGUGCUUGUAGAAGAACAUCACUUUUACAAAUUUUUCCGUAGAUGAAGAAGUAAAGAAGAAAAAAAGAGGGAAUCAGAGGAAAUUAUAUUUAUAGAAAGUGUGUCACAGAAUGGCAAAUUUUUAAUCAUGAGGGCAAGAAGAUAAAUCAAAGAGCAUUAAAUUUCACUUUCAAUUGUGUCGCAAAAUGAUUGAAUUUGGCAAGAGCUUAAUACUUACUUCUUUUGCGAUGAACAUUGACAUUUUAAGAGCUUCUUAGUAGAUUAGACAUAAUAGCAGAGGGCAUAAAAGAAACAUCCAAAAUGAAUCCGGAGGGGCUGCAAAUUGUGUUAUCAAAUGGCAGCAUAUCUUAGUGAAUAAUGUUUCUUUGAGAGCAAAAAUAGAUCGGUUUCCGUUCUAAAUCAAUAACCGUCUUAUACUCACUUGUAUUGUAAUAAUUAAUAAUGCCACUAUAUUUUGUACACACAGUGUUAUACAGCCUGAAAACCUAUAAAGACACCAAAAGUCAUAUAUGCAUAUUCAAUAUGGAUAGCGUGGAACAUACAUUUGCUUUCAGAACGAUGGAAAAUAUGUACUCAGCAGUGUGAGCGAUGUGAAGAAUUGCCUUUGGAGAAAGAAGUAAUUAAGUGAAUAUGCAAAAUAAAUGCGGGAAUUGUAGUGGCGGGAGAAUUAAAUGUGCUUGCAACGAUGGAUCAUAAAGUCUUGUGCGUCUCAAGUGAAGAAAUUGUUUGUAAAUAUUCUGCAAAGUUAAUAUUGCUAUAGGAAUCAUGUAAAUAUUGAAUGCAACAAUAUUAUGACUCUUAAAUUUGCUAUUCAUUGAUUCGAUAUGUGAAUGAUCUUAAUUUCGGAUAAUGUGAAGACAGAUGAAGAAGAGGAUAUUUGUAAGAGAGAUUUUAGUGGAUGAGAAAAAAGGAGAAAUUUAUUUUUAUAAGGAAUUUUUCAAGCCCUACUUUUACCCUCCUCAAAAUCAUAAUUGAAUAAGUAAAUUCUUUCAACAGCAUAAAGUGUAGUGUGUGUAGAAAAAAAGGGUGUAAAAUUUCCUCACAACACAUUUCUCCUUUUCUUUUUUUGUUGUUUUUGAAAACAGAAAAAAUACAGAAAUUCUUUCCACUUUAUAAUGAUUUUGUAACAAAUAAUAUGAUAAUUGUAAAUAUAUUUCAAUGUCAAGAUGAAAAACCCAAGAUGCAGAAAUAUAUUAAAAGAGAUAAAUUAUAAAACAU